UCAGCUGACAAUUUACCUGCACACUUUAUAACAACUCUGCAGGACACAUUUUACUGCUCAUUGGCCUUAACAUCUUCUAUCUUUGAGUACACAGCUAAAGGUCCACAGGCGCUGUUACCUGAAAGAAGAGGGGAGGCGUUUGAGAGCGCGAGCUAGAAAACCAUGAGUCACCUUAGCCCGGGGCUUAUCUCAGCGUACAACAGCCUCACCGACAAACAUUUGGCUGGAUACUUCAGUAACACUCACAUCAGGAGACAUCUACAGAGAGCCGGACUGAUCACCCGGAGCGGGCGCAUUGUUCCAGAUAAGGAGUACAGACACAAGCUGAUCCAGAGAGCUCAUCAGAGACAUGUUCGAGAAUGCCUGGCCCAGGCCAUCUUCCACAAAGUGCUGGAGCUUGAGCGUGUCCAUCAAAUUGAGAUCAAAAGGAAACUGGAGGAGUUUGCAAGGAGGGAAAAAGUGCACAAGAUCAAGGUUGAACGCUCUAAAAGGUAUGAGGACGACAUCAUCCGCAUCCUGUCCCCACGCCCACCCACAGGUGCCAGGGGCAUCAGAAAACAGCACUCUGGGCCUGAAGGAGAGCACUCUGAAUCAUCUGAGUCUCCGGGUUCAUCUCGGCCUAACACGGCUCCAGGGAAGAUGCAGAGGCCGGUGCGUCUAAAGCCAAUCCACAGUAACAACACCACAGCUUCGCUCAGGCACAGCUCCCCUUACAGGCUCCACAAGUCAGCCAAUGAAAACAGCCAGCCGUUCGACUGCACUCUUAACAAGGAGUCCCGCAGACGUUUUAAUACGAUGGACUCCUCUCAUGGCAUCUCACCCUACUGCCUCCCAGUCAUCAACAACUUUGUCACCCCUGUACCUCCACCCACUAAGAGAAAAGAGAGGGGGUUAAAACUUAAUCCCAGUGGCACUCUUAGGGGCCGCAGGCUACGUCCGACCACUGCCUCCAGUGGAGUUGACAUCACUGAGGACUCACCCAUGCUGAGGAGCUCUGUGCAUCAGAGCAGGGUGUGUGUGAAUAUGGUGUACUUUGGCAAAACAGUUCACCUCUCCCAUGAACUGACCGACAUGAGGGACGAGGUCAAAGUGUUUCAGCAGCACUGUGGAGGAGAGAACCUGUGUGUUUACAAGGGCAAGCUUUCUGAAGGAGAGACUUUCCAGUUCAUUUCAAGGCGACACAGAGGUUUCCCCUUCAGCUUGACCUUCUUCCUGAAUGGGCUGCAGGUUGAGAGGCUGAGUUCCUGCUGCGAGUUCAAACACAGGAAAGGCCCCAGACUCGGCGGCAAGCACGGACACUUUGGUUUCUGCAGCGUCGAGGGAGCGUCUCCCUGCUAUAAGUGUAUCAUAGCCAUGGGAAUGGACAAAAUGCCCACUCCUCCUCCAAAGAGGGUCAAAGAGGAUCGAGGACCAGAGGAGUCACUCCUCACUCCACAAAUAGCUCCUGAGAUGAGGACAGAGAGGACUGGAUCUUGUUCAGAUUUCAAAACCAAACAAGCACAGGACAUGGAGACGCAGGUUAAAGAAGAAACAGCAGCUGAGGAGGACAGAGCCAAAGAUGAUUAUGAGGAAGACUUUGAAGCAGAUGAUGAAGGUCCUGCAGAAGACAGUGAAGCAAAAGAAAAGAAAUCACCAUCUCCACCUCCUGUAGCUGAGAGAAAGGUCACAGAAAGGGAAGCUUCUGAGACUGAGGAUGACUAUACGAAAGAUGAAGAUGUGAAGUCUUGGUCAGGCUCCAGCUUGUCAGGCAGUGACCACGAGGAGAGCGAUGCUGAAGCCACCAAAGACUCCAGAGAAGAAGAAGAAAAAGCAGAGCAACCUACAGAGAUCAAUGAAGAAAAAAAUGCUCCACCACAUGAAAAAGAUGAACCACAUCCAGAGGAAACCCCUGCUACAGAGGCAGAGUCUGCUGCUCCUAAAGACUCUGACAUUGCGAACAGCGCGGGGGAGAGCACAGAGAUCGACAUCUCUGACACCAGCAUCCCAUCAGGGACUGAAAAUAAACAGUGUGAAGACACCUCAGCAGAGACAGAGGAGAAGAAAACGGUAAAUGAGAGCAAAGAGGAGGUGGAGCAGGAGAGGGCCAAAUCUGUGCAGGAGAAGCUGGCAGAGGCAAUAUUGAAAGUGUCCCAGUGCAGCUCUGAGCCUGAACUGAGCGACACCAGUACUGACGACACCGUAGAGUCCACCCAUAAAGGCCAGGAACUAGACAACAAGGAUGCAGAGAAAGCAGUGACACCCACAGAACAACAACAGACCAUCGUAGAGGAGACUAAAUGUGUUGCUGCAGCAGCUGCAGCUGUAGCAGUGCUGGAUCGGGAACAGACAUCUGAUCAGACAGAACAAGAAACUGAAAAAGGGCCUGCUGAGAACAGUGACGCAAACAUGGAUGAGAAGGUUAAAGUGGAUGAGAAAGAUGAAAAAGAAACAUCAGAGGAGAACAAAACUGCAGGAGGCAAUGAUAAAUCAGAGGAAACAGAAGUCUCAGGUGUAGCUUUGCUUCCUGUAUUUGAAAAGGAAACAGCUGAGGACAACAAGGUGGAGGCUCCAGAAGAUGCAGCAGGUAAAUCCAUGGAUCCUGCAGAGAAAAGGGAGGAAAUUGAAGUGAAAGCUGCCGGGGAGUAUGACAUGCAUCCCCAAGAGACGGGGCAAGGGGCAAAAAGCAUAGAAGAGGAUGAGUCAUCAGUAUCAGAGCCGAAUAAAAGGACUGAUGAUACAGCAGCGCCUGAUAAUGCAGAGGCAGAGGCAAUGACAGCAAGCGAGACAAUGGAGAUGAAAGCAGAGCCCUCAGAGGAGCUAGAGGCCUUUAGCUGUGAAGAGGCACCUGUAGCUGACACAAAGACAGCAAGUCAGCAAGGGGAGAGUGAGAACAGAGCCGCAGAAUCAAAAACUGAAGUCACAGAGGAGAGCGGAGAAACCACAGCAGAAAUAACUGCUAAUAUCAGCGAAGAUAAUGUAAAGGAAGAGAGUUUUGAAGAUAUUAAAGAAGAGGUAGUGUCUGCAGGAGAGGCCAGUAAGGAUGAUAAUCAGCAAGAGAGGGGUGAUGUAGGAGAAGAGCAGACAGAAAAAUCUGUGUUAACAGAUGACAAGAAAGAUGAGAAAUCUGAAGAGGGGAAGGAGGAAAAGCAAACAAACACAGAUGACACAACAGAGGGGGAAGAUGGUGAGAAAAGUCAAGUAAAUGUGAAGGAUCAAACAGAAGACAAGGAGAAUAAAGAGAGUAAGGAAGAAAAAGAGAUAGUAAACAUUUCAAGUGAGGAUCAAGCUAAGAAAGCCAGCAGCGAGGAAGAAAAAGAUGCAAAUGUGGAGCAAGAGAACAAAUCAGAAAAGACUGGACAAGAAGAGGAUAAAAAUGAGGAAGAACUGGUAGAAAAGGUAGCUGCUGCUGUGAUAAUGACGACUGCAGCUGGAAUUGUAAGUGAGACAAUCACAGCUGCUGAUGAGGAAAAGCAAAAUGAAGCAGAGACGACAAAGAUGGAACAGUUUGAGAAAAAAACUGAGCAAAGUAAAGUCACACAGGAAUCUACAGAGAGAGAAGUUGUGACUUAUACAACUGUGGUGGUAGAAGAAAAAUCUGAGGAAACAAAAGAACCUGAGAAAAGGGGAGAAGCAGACUUGGGAAAAGAUAAUGUGAAACAAUCUGAUGAGUCAGAGGAUUUUGGGGACAGUGAUGUAGCAAAUGUAGCGCUCACUGCUGUAACGACAGCACUGAUGCUGAACACCACAGAAGGUGAAGAAGUGACGAAGAGAGCUGAUGGAGGAGAAGGUGACAUCAGUGAAAAGGGGGAAGUCGAUGCUGAAAAUGGAGAGGUUUCCACUGGAGAAGAGAGAAGACCUCAGGAGAAUGAGGGCGAAAAUGAUGGAAAAGCUGCAGAGCAAAUGGAAGAUAAGGUAAAAACAGAAGAAGAAAGCUCAGUAGUGAAAGAAAUAACAGGAGAGGAUGGAGAGGCUGCUGGGAGAAAUGAAGAAAAAGAGAUUGAUCACGUUCCUGAUAAUGCUGAGGAUAAAAGUGGGGCUAAACAGGAGGAUAAUAUUGUGGAAGAGAAAGAUCAGUUUGGUACAGAAGAAUCGGAGCAGAAAACAUCUGGUGCAGAAAUAAAAGAGGAAUCCAAAUCAGAUGAACAGAAGGACAGUGAGGAAAUAAAGCAUGAUGAAAACGCCAACUUAUCUGAGUCUGAUCAUGAAAAAAAAGACACAAAAAUGAGCAAUAAUAUCAAGGAAAAUGUCAGUGAGGUCAUGAUUGUUUCUUCAACUGAUCAGAUUCAGUCUAACACACCCACAGCUGUGGAUUCAGACAAUGCUACUCAACAGUUAGAGAGAUCUGCUGCACCAUCAGACUCCAUCACUGAAAAACACCAGCAUGCUGAAGAAGAUGUUGCUGUUGUUGCAGAUGCAGAAAACGGAGACACAGAAGAGGCGAGCAAGCCCUCAGAGGAAGGAGCGAGUGUUCUUCUAAAGCCUCAGCCACAGUCUGAACAACUUGCACAACAUAAUGAGACUGACGACACAAAAGAGAGCGUUGAGUUAGUCGAAGAAACUCCAGAGGUCUUAGCAAGAGAAGAUCUGGUCACAAACUGGGUAACGGUGCAUCAGACAUCAAAGUUUUUUGAGACGUUUGUCGAACCAUUGGAAGAGUUGAAGGAAGUGACACCAGAUGAGGCUAAAGAAGAGGUGACGCCAUCUACAGAGACAGAGAGAUCUGUGAGUCCUGUUAAGAUGUCUCUAAAUGUAGAACAAGAGCACACAGAGAAAGAUGUGAAUGAGUCAGUGGACAAAACUAAAGAGAAAGCUGACACUGAGAGCAGUCCACCAGAAAAACCAGCACAGCAAGAAAAGGAAGAAACUAAGGUAGAAAGUUUCAUAACAAAAGCUGAGAUUGGAGAAGAUGACAAAGAGUCCAAAGUUGUGCAGCCAAUAAGACCGGAAGAGCACAAAGAGAGACAGGAAUCUAUGGAAGAAGACAAGGUUCAAGAAGCUUUAAUGCAAGAGAGUACUGAUGUUUCCAAAACUGAAGUGGAGAGCAUCAUAGCUGCUCAUCUGUCAGUAACCAGUGCCCAACCUGAGAGCAUCUCUGAGAAUCAAACUGAGGAGAAAACUGCUGAAAAUGCUGCAGAACUGACUGAAAAACCAACAGACAGAGAUGAAGAGAAAUCUCAUCUUCCUUCCUCCAUAACAGAGGAGCAACAUAAGCUCUCAGCAAGUCCAGAAAAGCUCACAGAACUGGAACCACAUGACAUAGAAAAUACACAAGAGUCAUGGGAAAAAAGCCAAGAAGUUACAGAAAUAAGUGAUUUUACAGAAUCCAGAUCUGAUGAAGGAAGCAUGAGGCAGUCGCACCAUGAAGAGAUGAAACCGUCAGACGGGAACAUGAGCACAGAAAGGGGAGAGCUGCAGCUCAUACAAGACAUCAAACACACCCUGAGCAAAGAGCGGCUCAGCACUUUCUCAGUGGAUGAAACACUGUUUGGUCGAAGUUCCUACCCUUUACUGGCUGCAGCAAGGACAGAGAGUGGACAUUAG